AGCUAACAUGCAAACCAACCGCUUGAUAUUACAUUGUCCUAUGGCAUUGUUAUUGAAGUUAGGUUAUUUAUGCAAAUUAUGAGUGUCAGAAACACGACAACAUGUCGGUUUUUUAAAAAGAAAAGAGUGCUUACUCAAUAGCAAUGUUAAUUACAGAAAAUUUUUUGAAUUUGGACGACUACUCUUUCCAAAAUUCACCCAGUUCCUCUAGCGAUGGAAUUUCUACAAACAACGAUUUCUUGGACAGUCCUUCAGAUGAAGAUUUUUUACAACAGUUAUCGUCAGAUUUGGAUAUACCAUUGCUCUUAAACCCCGGCGAAGAUGAACUUAAUGUGUUGAAUUCUUUUUUGGACAAGAGCCCUGAAGAAAUUCUCAGUGAAGUGAAAUCUCCUCCUUGCAGUACUAGUUUGUUAGAAAGUCAAUUAAACGAAACAGAGAAUACCACACAGUGGAACUGGGAUGAAUUAUUUGAUCUACCUGAUGAAAUAGAAACGCUUUAUAGAAAUAACAAAGAUGAGCAUAUUUGUAAAAAUGAUGAAGUAAAAGGUAGUGAUGGUUAUCUCACUAGAAAACUCAAUAAAGCCAUUGUAAAACCAAGUAAUAGUCUAAAGAAUGAACAAAUUUUGGAAACCCCACCAACUUCUCCUGAGUGUCAGCAAGUGUUUCUUGUUCAAAAUUCGGAAAAAGGGUCUCCGUGUAAUAUAAAAAAAGCAGUAAAGUUGGAAAAUAAAGCGCCACUUACCCAGACGAAUGUAAGCCUGCAAAAUGCCCGAAAAGUUUCUUGCAAAAGACAUGCAACUUUUCCACAAAUGAUUAAAUCUGCAUCUCCAAACAGUAAAGUCUUAAUAAUUCCAUCCACUACUUCAGGUGCUGGAAAUUUUUGUAGUGUUCCUACUUAUCACCCAAUUCAACCAGAUAUUCCCCAGAAAGUUAUUGUUAUAGACAAUAGGCAUGCAAUACCACUAGAAACAACUUCUAUACCUAAAACUUCAAUUUCCAAUAUAAAUAACUUUAGUUCUUGUAUAUCAAUACCUUCUCUACAAACAUCAAUGCCACUUAUAAUAAAGACUGAGACUGAAACAUCAUCAUCAAUACCAAUUAAAUUGUCCCCUUCAAUUGACCCUAAGGCAUUAAAAAGACAGCAAAGGAUGAUUAAAAACCGAGAAUCUGCUUGUCUUUCCAGAAAAAAGAAGAAAGAUUAUUUGACCUCGCUUGAAAGAAAAGUGCAAAUAUUAACAACAGAAAAUGAACGUUUAAAAGCUGAGAAUGCAAAAUUAAAAGAUCAACUUUCAAAAUUUAUACCCAAUGGUGCCCAAACAAAAACCCUAACAAAAGUAAUUUCGUUAUGUGCAGUUCUUUGCCUAAUGUUCUUCAAUGUAGAUUAUAUCAGGUUGCCGCAUUUGACAAGGAAAAUAAAUUUAAACACACAAGAUGAAUUAGCAGUAUUACCACCACAUGUAGGAAGAAAUUUACUAUGGAGUUCAAUAGGAAUAGAAGAUACUAACGUGACUGAUAACAAUGCAACCGAUGCUUCUCAUCUUAUGUGCCCUGUGUAUAUAAACCAGACAGAGAAUGUACGAUUAGCUUUAGAAUUACAAAGGUGGAUUGGAAAACCCAUUAAUUCAAACAAUUCCACAAACAAUUUUAUGGCUAAUCAUAAAGAAGAUAAGCCAUCUAGAAAAAACAAACGGUUAAAAAAUAAAAUUAAUUCUGUAAAGGAUAAUUAUGCAGAGCCUGUUUAUGAAAUGAAAAAGAGAAGUAAUUCCUUAAGGAAUUCUAUCCCCAAUGAAAUUCAAGUGUUUGCCCCUAAUUUGGAUCAAAUUUAUUCGGAGUUCUUCGAGGCCAUAAACAGACAAGAUGACACUUUUUAUCUCGUCUCUUUCAGUCCAGACCACAUGCUCUUACCUGCUUUAAAUUACAAUAAAACAAGAAGGCCGAAGAUGUCUCUUAUUCUUCCCUCUUUGUUAAAUGAUGACUCUUCACAGCUCUCUGUAAUUCCCCUAAUGCAAAUUGACUGCGAAGUGUUGGACACUCAGAUAAUCCAUGUAAAGAAUGGUACAAUACCAAGACAUUUGCGUUCAUAUAAUAGUACAACUUCCCCAGUAUCACCACCCCAUUCGUCUAAUGUGGGCUCUACCUCUAACUCUACUGCUACUAGUGAGAAUUUCCACUUUGAAAAGAAUUACAAGCCGUACUUUAUGAGAAAGUCUUACUUGAGAUCUAUAAAAAAUGAAGCAGAAAGAAGGAAAUAUGGAAGUUAAAUGUUUACAAUUAGUAAUUUUGUUGAUGUUGAAAAUUAAUUUAUGGGUUUACUAAAACAGCAGGUAGCAAGGGGAGCUAGAAACAAUUCUUUAUAAUUUCGCUGUAAAUUUAAGCUUUAAAAAGGGAAGUAAAUUGUCGUACAUUUUUAAUAAAGAAAAGGUAUAUUUGUAAUUUAACAAGUUGUAUAUAUCAAACUAAAAAAUAGAUAAUGUUACAUUUUAUCUAUAUCUAGAUAUUUUCUACUUAAUUAGACCAUUAAUAUAAUUUCCGACUGUAUUUGUUAAUAAUUAACAAAAAGUGACUUGACUUGAUAGAGUAUUAUUAAAUUUAUUAACUGUUAAUUAUAAUUGUAGAAUACUUCGGAACAUAAAUUUUACCGUACACGACAAUUCAAAUAACGAGGUACAAAUUUUAUACUUUUAAAUUGUUUAGUUAAUUUUUAUGUUUUAUUUAGGUAUUUAAAUAUUGUUUAUUUUCUUAAAUUUGCACAGAUUGCAGGUAAUUAUGAAAAUGCGAUAGAAUAGGAAUAAAUUAGAUUUUUGCAACCAUAGACGUACCGUUAUAAUUUUACCGCACAUUUUAACAUAAUAAGGAAAUACGAGCAAUUUUCUAUAUCUUGUUUUUUUAUUACUUUUUAGAGUUUCUAAUUUCUAUACUGUUACAGUGAUGCAUAUUUUAUUUUCAGUUUUCUAUAGUAGUUUUGAAAAGUAUCAAGUAAUAUAAUUUUUCAUGUGAUACAUGUUGUAUAUUAUAAGAAAAAUAAAAGAACGUUAAUAUAAAUUCUAAUGGGUGG